CCCAGUUGCUCUCUUGCUGCAGAGUGGCACACUCCCACAGCUCAUUUUACAUUCACACUGCGCAACAAAACUUGGAUUCUUUUAUUUGAUCAUUACUCGGAAAGUUUCAAGAGUAAACAUUGUUUUCUGAAAUUCGGUUAUAUAAUCAUGAUGCGACGCGGAUGAAAUCAAGGAAAGACCGCUCGCUGACUGAAUUGCUCUACUGGUUUCUUGGUCUGUAUUGAGAAAGCGCGUGCACAUUUGAAAGAAGAUCGUUUUCUGCUCACGGUGGGUUGACUGCAACCGCAGAACGGAAGCAAUUUAAUUCUAUUACGGAAGAAGGAUGUCUAUGCAUAUUAAAUCUGAGGCAUAUUAAUUUUGAUGUUUCCCUUUCUUAUAGUUAGAGUCAGCAUCGAUUGAUCUGGGUUAUAUUUCAACGCGUGGAACUGCUUCAUCUUCAUUUGGGACAUUUCAUUGUUUGAACAGACUCCAAAAUAUAAAUGUCCAUAUAUACAUAUAUUUCUGAAAAUAGUUAAAGAAAAUAAUACAUAAUAUAAUAUAAUAUAUAUUGAUACAUUAUGGACAUUUAGCAUUUUACAAAGACUUUUAGGACUGCUACAUUUAACAUAAUUACACGCUGAGCGUUUCCUCUUGAAGUGGGGCUAAUUAAGUUGAAUAAUGGCAAUCAACACAGAUAUUGAGUUUGAGAAAACCGCCUUGGGAGAGAAUGGAUCCACCCAACCCACGGAGGCCCCGGAGACGGAGAAACUUCUCAGCGCAACCACCACCCAACCUGUCGCGGGGAAUGGCAUGAAUAUUCCCGAAUCUUUCACGGUCAGCGUGGGGAGCGACAAAUCCCCGGACACGGACCAAAAUGGACACAGUGUGCCGCUCCGGUCGGGGUCUGCGGGUCAGCUCGGAGGGACUCCUCGCUCCCCGUCCCGCGCAAGUCGUACUUCUUCAACAGGAAACGCCGCCAAGGACCUUCCCAAACCCCGGGACUAUCUAAUCUUGGCCAUAUUAUCGUGCUUCUGCCCGGUCUGGCCGGUCAACAUCGUUGCGCUCGUGUACUCUAUUAUGUCCAGGAACAGCCUGCAGCAGGGAGACGUGGAUGGGGCGAAGAGGCUGGGGCGUCUGGCCCGCCUGCUGAGCAUCGUGUCCAUUGUGCUGGGCCUGCUGAUCAUCAUCAUCUACUCUGUAGUCACAGCGAUGGGCAAGGUAUGAGUGCCAGAAGCUGCGUCCAUUCAUAAUCCCCGUUUACCUGAGAAGACUGAAAACAUGGCAUACAAUGAAUCCAUUUCCUAACAUUCUGAUGUGUCACUUUCAACCCGAGGAGCCAAAUCAGACGAUGAAGUCCAAGCGAAUAUAACCAACAAAGAAAUACAUCAAUAAAAGACAUGCAUGACUUAGAUAACAUUCCCUGAAAAAAAUAAUGUAAAAGGGAGAGAGACAGAUAUUAAGUUGUUUGUGUGUGGAUCAAAGGACACACACCUCAUAAUGGAAGGCGGGGCUUUCAAGGCAAAGACCCCCGCCAAGAAAAAUUAAUUAUUUGAAUAUACUCCGGGCUACUUUUUCAAAAAGAAUGAUUAUGAUGAUAUAUUUCCUGUCUGUUUGAGUGUACAUUUUGUAAAAUGUUUGGAUACAGCCAUGAGAGGGGAGUACUGGCUGGUUUCCUAUAGAGGGCAUGUUAGUUUAUGCUGAGGGUUGUUUUGUAGACCUGAGGAAGGAUCAUCUGCAUCUCUUUCCUGGGAGUAAGUAUAAAUGUGAUUUUUGGGCAUUAUUGAUAUUCACUUUUUUCGGGAUAAGCACUAUGGCUAGUGUCCUUGCAGUCCAUUCUUUCCAUUGCAGUGUAUAUGACAUGUAACCCUGCCCUCCUGAUUAUCUGUUAACUUCCUGUUUUCCACUUACUAUUUUCCAAAUCCAAUUUGCCUACUUCCUGUUAGUCUCUGCAAAAAAGGUGUUAUGCCGUAAUUCUUCAUGAACAUUCCAAAGUCGUCCAACGGAAAAAGGAAAUGCAUGCACAUGGAACUGAGUGGGCUGUGAGGGCGGCUCCGUUCCGUUUCGGUUUGUUCGUCGUCUGUCCUCCCUGGCGGAGUGCCUGCUUGUUGCACGUCACAAAUUUAGUCGGGAAAUACCUCCCGUGAGGGAAGACAGCAAGGGAAGGGAAGUGGAAUCAAACCCAGCCCAGGACACUGCAAGCCCAGCCCUUUUGAGCCUGUGCUCUCCUACACCUCUUGCAGCGCUAUACAAUGGACAUAUGACUACACAUAUACAGCAUAUACAUAAUAUAUAGGCAUGCUUUGGGCAAGGUAAAUAAUAAUACAGGUAAUUAUCAGGUCUUUUUCUACAUCACUGUAAUGACCCUGCCCCCAUAUUGACAGGAUGUCUGAUAUGUUUGUGAGCAGAUUCAUAACAAUUGCAAGUAGCUCAUCUGUCUGUCUGUCAGUCUGUGUUUGUGUUGCAUUGUUUGUAUAGAUGUGUUUAUACCAACCCAACCUCACAGCACAGGCCUGGUUGCAUGCUGUGCAUAACUGCGGAACAUGUAAAAUGGAGGUGGAGAUGGCGGCUAUGGUUCCAGCAGGAGAAACAGUGACAUAACAUAACAUGAUAUAACAAUAUAGUGACCUUUUUCUCUCAAAUAGAAAAUAAAAUAACAGCUUGUUUGAAGCUACUGUUUGAUCGACAAGCAAAAUUUUCGUCAAGGCUUUUUUGGCAAAUCUUGAAAUGAGUCAAAGGGUCUUACUCUUUUGCAAUAUCUUUGUCUUAAUUAGCAAAAAAGGUUUCUGUAUCGACCAGACCUCUGUCACCAUCUCCACCCAGGGCAUGAUGCCACAUGGAUGAAUUUCAUGUCCAUUAGAAAUGCUCUGCAGUUAUCAUUUAUAUGAUACAUAAUUAUUUAUAUAAUACAUAUUGUAAAUCUCAGAUAUUUUGUAUGUUUAUUAUGAUUGUAUGUGUGAAGGCGGGGCUCGUUGGUCUUAGACUCUGUUUCCUCGGAUGUUUCUGCUGUUUUUCAUUUCUCUGGCAUGUGUGAAUAAACCUGAACGUGCAUGAGUCAA